AGCUAUUCUUCAUCAGUGCCCUAUUUCGGUGUGCAAGCGUUAUACGUAUUUUAUAAUUCAGCACUUUCACGAGGACGUCGAAAUUUUUUAAGGUGAGAGAGGAAUGCGGUAAGGAGAGAUUUUUCAAUGUAUUCUUUGUUUGCCUCGAAUUUCCUAUCUAGCUUUUAAAUAUUCGCUUUGAAUUUGUUUUAGCCGUAAUUAAGCUGAAUUUGCGUUGAGAUAUCGAUGUUUUAUUUCCGCAAAAAGGGUGCUGCCAUUUUAUCACGUUCUUUUGUUUAAUUUGCUUUUGUGUUCGCUAUGUAAUAAUCGUAGAAAAGCCAACAGUGUUCCUUAACAAACAAAACUAAAAUUGCCAGUUAGUCUUUUCAACUGUACACAUUUUAUUUCAGUGUUGAUCUUUAAUUUAAUUUCUGAAUAAUGGUGUUCCAACAAACAAAACUAAUUGCCAGUUAAUCUUUUCAACUGUACACAUUUUAUUUCAAUGUUGAUCUUAGAAUAAUUAAUGUCUGAUGGUUAUUUAACUUUAGUCCAUCUUUAGUGAUCUUACAACCAGAUGACAUCUAUUCAUAGUAACGCCUCUCGUAUAGUUGUACCUCGUUUUAAGAGCAAUUUAGCUAUAUUUAUUUGCGAAUAUAUUUUUCAUUAAGUUGUUAGUUAAUUAGAAGCAAGAGGUGAAUUUUGAAUAUGAAAGGCUUUGCUGUCUUGCAAUUUUUUGAAACAUCGUUUUUUUUUUUUCGCCGGGUACUGUCUGACUUAUUGCCAUUUGAUCCACUAAAGAAUGGAACGCUGUUGGAACAGCUGAGAACCGAAGCUUAGUCCUGUUAAUCUGCUGCUUUACCAUUUAGUGGUUGAUCCCGGCCCUACGUAUACAGAAAAUUAAAGUGACGACUCUCCCCCGGAAGCGAGUUGCCACAUGAUUUGAGUCUUGUUUCCCCAGUUUUAUCGAGAGUUUAGCACCGAGUUCCCGUUGAGCCUUAAAUUCGUUUCAGGGUGGAAAAAGCGUCCGUCACAAGAAUUAGCGGGGGAGUGAAAGUCAAUCAAAACGAUGAAAUAUUUUAAAUGAAUAUUUUAUAAUAAAAUUUACAGGUUAACAGGGAAUAUGGUAAAGUUGAAAGCGCAAAUACAUUAGUCACUGAUGAAAGCUCUUUCGAUCAAGCUAUGAUUUGCUUGCUUUUAAUUUACUUUUAUAGCUACACGAUGCCAAUCAAAGAGUUUGCUGUCCUUCUUCUCACACUUUCCACGAGUUUUUGUGCCUAUCCCGGCGUUCCAAGCAAGUUAGCUAAGCUGAUACACAAUUGGGCUCCGUUGGUAAAACUUGCUGAGAAAGAGGAGUUUCGGCCAUCUAGUGUUGACUACUUCUUGCGACAAACUAAGAUGGAAGGGUGCAGUAGCCAACCAAAGCCCACGCACUUAACAGUCUACAACCUCCAGAGAUGCAAUGGAAACAGUUACCUCACCACCAAACAGAGCAUUAGCUGCCCUUCCUGCACUGACCCAACUGUGUUUCGUGGUCAAGAUCCGAGUGACGUGCCAGUGUACGUCAUCUAUCGAGAGCAAAACAAUUUCUUGGAUAUUGCGUACUGGUUGUUCUUUCCGUACAAUCGCGGGAAGCGGGCCUGCAUUGGGCGCUUUAUGUGGGGUCGUUGCGUUGGAGGAUAUUCAACAUUUGGGCACCACGUUGGAGACUGGGAGAAAGUGAUAGUUCGUUUUCGAAAAGUCAACACCGACUACCAGAUCUACUCCAUCUAUCUGUCGACCCACAGCCAAACAAUUACGAAGAAGUAUGUUGGUGAGUUCCUCUGGCAAGGUGGUAAGUUCAAGAAGGGGAGUAGAACGCUGGAUAUGUAUGGCGGUACUCACGCAACAGUCUACAGCGCCAAGGGUUCGCAUGGAAUUUGGCCGAAUUCUGGAAAACACAAGUACAAGAAAAUUCCAUUGACUGGGCAGUGGCUGCAGGAUGAGUGCAGUAGUGGUACAAGUUGGCACACGUGGAAUAAAUUGAAGCCCGUUCGGUACGAUCCUAAUGGCCAAUACGGCGGCGAGUUUAAGUUCAUAGGGUUCCAAGGCCAUUGGGGAAACAAAAAGAGAGGAUGCGGCCGAGGGGGCAUCAUUGAAAAGAUCCUAAAGACAUGUAUGCUUGACGACGGUCCACGAGGUCCUUCCCGCUUCCCUCAGUUUGGAUAA